GGGACACGUUCGAGGCACGUUUCACCCUGUGCGGCGGCACAACGUUGUAAAAACGUUCUGUGAAGGAAGUACUCAGAGAUCUCCACAACGACCGAAAACGACCGAAAACGACGAUCCUGUAGUUCUACUUGAUGCAGGCAAGAACACUGUUGGUACAACUAGUAAAAGCGACGAUCAGGAGGGACAUGAUCAAGAUAAGGAUGCAACUAGUUCAUCAACUACAUCUUCCCCACUGGAUAAACCCAAACGCACCUCGGUCGAACUGCGGGACGAAAUCAAGGCUUUGCUGUCUACGUACAACAAACAGGCCGAGGAGCGCAGCCGAAACUUGUUGAACCCACCGAUGCAACCCACUAGCACCAGUCCCGUUCCUGCUGUGCUCGCGGGAGAUAUUAGCAAGACAGACACCAAUACUGCUUCGCGGAAGAAAUCGGUCACGUUUUCCUCGGCAGUGGUGGAGCACGAGGACGAUGAUACUGUUGCUGCAUCUUCCUCUCCCAAAGCGGAUAAAAGUGGCGUAGUAUCGGAGGUGUCGAAAAAACCUCUAGUUUCCUCACCGAGCGCAACUGCAGUUCAACUACCGAAGGCUACUAAUACAACUUCCUCCUCCGCAACAACUGCAACCGACUUCCUGAAUGGGGGCAUGAAAGUGUCCGCCGCAGUGUUGAACUCUCAUGGGUCCGGGAAUUUCGUUCCGGUUGUGCGGAAGAACGACCGGAAUGGCCGGGAAGAGCUGUUUUUUGAACCCGUCCAGGGGAAUAACAUGUUCGCCGCGACGUCCUCUAGUGCGGGUCAGGGAGGGCAUCACAGCUUGAUUUAUCAAAUGCAAAAUGUCUGGGUCUGCAACUUUGCUCGACUUGUCAUGCCUGUUUUCCAUGACCCAUAUGAUCUGUAA